CACAGGGAUCUCCUUCGUUCGAGUUGUUGCCCAGCUAUCUCCUGACUUUUGAGGUGUCGUACCGCAGUCUCCUUGGUCCGAAGUGUCGCACAGCUAUCUCCUGUGUUUUGAGUUGUCGCACUGGCUUUUGGGGUGUUGUACCGCUGUCUCCUUGGUCCGAAGUGUCGCACAGCUAUCUCCUGCGUUUUGAGGUGUCGCACUGCUGUCUCCUUUCCUGGGCUCCGAGCAGCACUCCUGAGUUCUUAGGUGUCGCACCGCUAUCUCCAUAGUUUUGAGGUGUCGCACCGCUAUCUCCAUAGUUUUGAGGUGUCGCACCGCUAUGUCCAUAGUUUUGAGGUGUCGCACCGCUAUCUCCAUAGUUUUGAGGCGUCGCACAGCUAUCUCCUUCCCUAGGUUCCGAGCGAUACCUCCUGCCUGAGUUCGAUGUGUCGCACAGCUAUCUGCUGAGCUCCGGAGCUGGAUGAACUGCGUGACGUGGCUGAUUGAACGCGCGCGCAGCUGAAGGCAUACUCGUGCUAGGGCCUGUUCUACUCCGCUGUGGACGUAAUUGCGGUCAGAUUCAACCACGGCGGGCCUUAUUCGCCGUCAGAUCCAUCCAGGGAAGUCCGAGUGUAAAGAGUAAAAGCGAGGAAAGGGGCGGAUGCAGAUGGACUCUCGGAGGCAAAGCGCGAUCCCUCCGGUGGGUGCCGUGCUGCUAGACUGGCAGGCAUUAGCGGACGCAGAUCCUCCCGCCACGUCGUCGCCGGAAAGAAAUGCCACUUCAGCAAAGUGUGAGCGGGGAUUAUCCGCAUCGGAUACCCGAGAGGGUGAAGAACAUCGUCGGCAGUUUCUAGAGGCCUCGAAGCUGAUCCAACGGCUCUUGUACGCCCAGAUCGGAGUGGGAAUUUUGCUUGGAUCGGACACUGCCAGAGCUUCUUACAAUGAAGAGAGCAAGAGUUUGCAGGUUCUUGGGCUGUCCGAUCUCCCACAAGCUUUCGUGGUUGGUAAUGACAAAACAGUGAAGGACGUUGCUGCAGAGAUGGGCAAAGCUGGCGAAGAAGAAAGCGUACUGGUGGUCAUCAGCAGGAAGUGGAACGACGAACAUGGGAAUGGGAGACAGUUUGGGGCAGCCCAGGUGCUGGCGGAGCAGGGAAUGACGGUCAUGAUUGUAUGCUCUGAAGAUAAGGGUAAGCAGAAGGAGGAUAAGGAGGGCGAGGAGGAGUCUAGCAUAGGCAUAGGCAUAGGGUCUGCUGCAACUGACAACCUCCAAAUCCGAACAAUCGUCUCCCUGAGCGAUGUUAUCCCUUACAUCUGCAAGACGCGUAAACAGGCUGUGGCAGGCGAUGUUGUGGUUGUCGGACAUGUAAUGAAGUGGGAUCGUGAGAAAUCCUUCCUGAAGCGUGGGGCUCUGCCUUUGGCAGUCACAGCUGGCCUUACAUUUGUUCCUAUUGACGUGAAUCAUCCAGCACUGGAUCGGCAUCUUGAUGAUGUGCGAUUGCUCCUGCACAAAGCCACUGACGAGAUUGCGUCCGUUAGUCACACGCUUGCCGGUCAAAAAGAAGGUCAUCGUGAUGGAGCAAAUCUUGAAGACGACGAGAAUAGGGAUGAGAAAGAAAUGCACUGCAUUGCCAAAAAGGUCUCUCGUGUGAAAGCAGUUACCGAAUCCAGGGUGACCUUUUCGAAUGGCAUGACGCACCUCUGGAGACUCGCCAAGGCCAGCCGCCACAUCUGUGUGAUUGAUCCAUUUGAGUUCGUCGAGAUCCUCGUCGAUCGUGUGGCGAUGAUGAACCUGCUGCAAGGAUUGAAGGCAGUUGCCACCCCUAAUGGAACUAUUGUUCGUGCCCCGGUGUCAGUGUCGGUUUGCAGCUUCGCCGAGGCGGUGGCUAGAGAAGCGCUCAGUCAGGCCAAGCUGGAGCCGCCGUGGAUUGUGAAGCCCCGGAUUGCGUGUGGCAUUCCAGACGCGCACACCAUGGCUUUCGUUCGGACAAGAGCGGGUAUCGCCGACCUAAAGCUCCCCUUGCCAGCUGUCAUUCAGGAAUACGUUGACCAUGGCAGCGUGCAGUACAAGGUCUACGUCAUUGGGGAGCGUGUAUUCGUAUGCACCCGCAAUUCGACUCCAGAUGCUGCACAGUUCAUAAAGCCCACUCCUUUGUCAGAGUCGUGCCAAUCAACAUCGAUGACAUUUCACAGCCUCCGAUCUCUGCCCCUGGGAACACCUCGGCAAUCGGGAGCCACGGUGGCAGGAAGCCGCAAUGACAAGGACGAGGCUGCAAAAGACGGGAGGAGCUCCUCUUCCUGGGAAAUAAGGUCAACAGCUCCAGCAGCAAGGAGGGUUGAGCGUGGACAGCUUGAUGAGGUGGCAGUGUGGUCUGCUGCCAAGUGGCUCAGCCGACUUCUUAAACUGCACAUUUUUGGGUUUGACGUUGUGGUGCAGUCCCUCACUGGAGACCAUGUUGUUGUUGAUGCCAACUACUUUCCCUCCUUCAAAGAUGUGCCCGACCAGGAUUCCCUGCCGGCAUUCUGGGAUUGUCUAAGAGAGGCCUAUCGUGGUUGGCAAAACCAGAGGACAAAAAAUGAAUAGGUGUGGAGACGGGACAGACCGGUGAGAGAGCCAAUGCGGCUCCUGAAUAGAAGUUGAAGAAAUGAAGGAGAGGCAGUGUUCUGCAUGACUAUUCCAGGUGGUACAGCCUGCAGGAAAAAAGGAGGAGCGACAGAGAGGGCAGGAUGGACACAGGAGGGAGGGCGAGACGGAGAGGGAGAAAUGAAGUAAAACACAUAGG